UGACAUGACAUGUGGGUCCCACCUGCUGCCCUGCAAAUUCCUCAGCUCACCUUCCAGUGAAUUACUCCAGUCGCUUUCACCAAUAAUUAGUCAACUAAACCGUGUUUCCUUCUUGCAUCUCCUCCACUUGCAACUUUCUCAUUGCCCAUUGCAGAGAGGUUUGCACAUCUCCAUGAACUCCUGGUAGUCUGAAGCCAAGAGCAGGAAGACACAGGGAAGGAUUGACCUCAGGUGCAAACUCGUCCAAGAGUGCAGAAGACCAGCAGAGGCGAUGGAUGGGUUCAUGGUGAGCGUCGCCACGGGGGCGAUGAACUCCCUAAUCGACAAGCUCACCACGCUGCUGGGUCAGGAAUUCAGGCUGCACAAGGGGGUACAGCGCGACAUCGCCUUGUUGAAUGGUGAGCUGAGCUGCAUGAAUGCUCUGCUGGAGAAACUGGCCGGCAUGGAGGUGCUUGACCCCCAGAUGGAGGAGUGGAGGAACCAAGUGAGGGAGAUGGCCUACGACAUCGAGGAUUGCAUCGACAGGUACAUCUACCAGCUACACUACGAGCCACAGAGACCUACUGGAAUUGUGGGAUUCUUCCAUGACUAUGUUCACAAGGUGAAGGAGCUGCUAGCUCGACGCGAGGUCGCUCAGCAGAUAAAAGUUCUCAAGGAUGACAUUGUUGAGGCAAGCCACAGAAGGAAGAGGUACAAGAUUGAUCCUGAAUUGUACUCUGAAACCACAAAUGUGGUGCCCAUUGAUCCUCGAUUACCUGCACUCUAUGUUGAGGCAUCGAAUCUAGUUGGUAUUGAUAUUCCAAGGGAUCAGCUGAUUAACCUGGUAGAUGAUGGUGAUCAGUCAUUCAAGGUGAUUUCAAUUGUAGGAGUUGGAGGCUUAGGCAAAACUACCCUUGCAAAUGAAGUUUACAAAAAAACUGGUGGGCGAUUUGAUUGUCAGGCUUUUGUGUCGGUCUCCCAGAAGCCUGAUGUAAAGAAGAUUUUACGGAGCAUAAUUUGUCAAAUCAUGGAACCAUACCAUGCUAGCACAAAUCCAGAUAAAGCUGUAAUUUCUCAAAUCAAGAAGCAAGAUUACAGUAGCACAGAAUCUGGUGAUGUGGAGUGGCUCAUAAACAUACUGAGGGUUUUCCUGAAGGACAAGAGGUAUUUGAUCGUAAUUGAUGAUAUAUGGAGCACGCAAGAAUGGAUGACCAUUAAAUUUGCCUUGUUUGAGAAUACUUGUGGUAGCAGGAUACUAGUGACAACAAGAAUUUUUACUGUUGCCAAGUCAUGUUGCUCCCCUGAUCAUGGUACAGUUUAUGAAUUAAGGCCACUAAGUGAAGCUGACUCCAUGUGUCUAUUCUUCAGAAGAAUUUUCGGCUCAGAAGAUCUAUGCCCAGUUAACCUUAAAGAUGUUUCAACUGAAAUUAUAAAAAAGUGUGGUGGUCUGCCAUUGGCAAUUAUUACUAUGGCUAGCCUAUUGGCUGAUAAAUCAGAUAGAAGAGAAGAAUGGGUUCGCAUUCGGAAUUCAAUUGGUUCAGGACUCGAGAAAAAAAACGAUCUGGAGGUAAUGAGAAGUAUUUUAUCCCUUAGUUACAGUGAUCUCCCCCUCCAUUUGAAGACAUGCUUGUUAUAUCUAAGCAUUUAUCCAGAAGAUUAUAAGAUAAAUAUGCAUCAGCUGGUAAGGAGGUGGAUAGCAGAAGGGUUCAUCAAGGACAAAAGUGGGAUAAAUUUAAUGGUGGAAGGGAAAUGCUAUUUUAAUGAACUUAUAAACAGAAGUAUGAUCCAGCCAGUAGAUAUUGGGAUUGAUGGUCAACCAAAGGCUUGCCGUGUGCAUGAUAUGAUUCUUGAUCUCAUCGUAUCCAAGGCAGUAGAUGAAAAUUUUUCGACUUCCAUUGGUGAUGAAACACAUAGAUUGGCAUCUCAAGCUAAGAUUCGCCGACUCUCUGUUGACUACUCUGGGCAAGAAGUUUCUGUAUCAUGGCCAUCCCUGAUGUUAGCUCAUGUUCGAUCCCUUAGCAUAUUUGGAUACUCUGAACAAAUGCCUCCUAUUUCAGAAUUCAAAGCUUUAAGAGUGUUGGAUCUAGAGAGCAGUGUGAAAUUGCAAAACUCUGAUCUUAACAACGUGGUGGAUCUAUUUCAGUUAAGGUACUUACGGAUUGCAGCCAGUAGAAUCACACAUCUUCCAGAACAAAUUGGGGAGCUUCAGUUUCUCAAAACAUUGGACCUGCGUCGUACAUGGAUAAGAAAAUUGCCAGCAGGCAUUGUCAAAUUGCGACGGUUGAGCUGUUUUUCUGCUAAUGGUGCACAGUUACCUGACGGAGUCGGAAAAAUGCAAUCUCUACAGGAACUGUCAGGUAUAACCGUGUACGACGAAUGCUCAACAAAUUCUUUGCUGGAGCUGGGAAAUUUGAACAGCCUGAGAACUCUCAAGCUAACUUGGUACAUUCGCGAAUCGCGCAAGGAUAGAACACAUUAUACUGAUAGCUUGGCUUCAUCACUUGGCAAACUUGUCAGUUCCAGCCUUGAAUCAUUGAGCAUUAUCAAUGGACCUUUUUCUGGUUACAUCCCCUUUGAUUCUUGGUCUUGGUCAUCAUCUCCUCAUCUCCUGCAGGAAUUAUACAUUCCGAAAUGCUGUUUCCAAAGGAUCCCAGAUUGGAUGGCUUCAAUGAAUAAUCUCUACAGGCUAUGCAUCAGGUCUAAGCAAGUGACAAAGCAAAUCCUCCAGAUCCUUGGAGACUUGCCUGCAUUGCUAGACCUGGAGCUGCGUUCAGAAUCAGAUGAUCCCAUGGAAAUUCUCAUUAUCAGCAAAUGCAUAUUCCGAUGCCUGAAGAUCUUCCGUCUGUAUGGAUCGUUCGUCGGCCUGAUCUUCGAGGAUGGAUCCAUGCAGAAGGUCAGAGAAAUCUCGGUUGUUGUUAGAGCACACAAGGCAAAAUCUGCAUUCGCUGAUCAUCCUGAUCUUGGCAUUCGCAACCUCACCUCUCUUAUGGAUCUCAAUGUAUGGAUUAAUUGCGAGGGAGCUAGGGUUCAAGAGGUGAAGGUGUUGGAAGCUGCCAUUGCAGAUGCAACCGCUCUACUUCCCAACCAUCCGACACCACAUUUCUUCAGAGAAAAUGAAGAAAAUAUGGUGAAAGAUUAUCUUCCCAACCAUCCGACACCACAUUUCUUCAGAGAAAAUGAAGAGAAGAUGGUGAAAGAUGAAGCACACAUGCAGGAGAAAAUGUUCGAGUAGGACCUGAAGAUUCAAGGAUUCAUUUCUACAGAUAAACAUAGAGGUUAAGAUAAGUUUUUGUUGGAUAAUAUCAUAUCAGUAAAUUAGUUGGAAACCGAAGUCAUAAACUUGAAAUCCAAGAUACGAUCAUAAUCUUUAUUUUUUUAGUUGUAAUCUUUGAGUCAGAAUCUCCAUAACCACCAAAAAAUUAUCUGAACCGUAAAAAUCUCUACAAUUUGCUGCCAACAUAUCAUAUCAUCAUUGGCUGAUCGAUCUGUAGUACGUUCCAAACUCUCGUCUCAUGUCGUGUGCUUCGCUGCUCUCCGCCGCCAUCCGCCGCGGCGUCGCCGGCUGCCGUGCCUCGCCGCCGUCCGCCUCCGCCAUCGUGUCGCGGCCGGCGACCGGGUCCCACAUCCUCAGGAUCGACGGGUACACCAACACGAAGAGCAUCCUCGCCACCGGCGAGUCCGCCACGUCGAGGAGGUUCGCCGUCGGCGGCCACAGCUUCGUCAUGCGAUACUACCCCAACGGCCUCGACGACGGCUGCGCCGACUCCAUCUCCCUCUUCGUCGACGUCGCCGGCGGCGGCGGCUGCGGCCGGAGCGGCAUCGCCGGCCAUGCCCGGUUCAGCGUGCUCGACCACGCCGGCUCGCCGGCGCGCCGCACCGACGACGCCUCGUCGGAGGUGGUGGAUUUCAGGACGCACUUCUCCGGCCAGAGGAGCCUCAUCACGAGGGACGAGCUCGAGAGGUCGCCGGACAUCCUCAGGGACGACCGCUUCGCCGUCCGCUGCGACCUCACCGUCAUGGACGAACACCUGCUCACCGUCGAUCUGGAUCAUCACUAGGCUCUCGCCGCCGGCGCCGACGCUGGCGUCGUCGUGCCGCCGUCCGACCUGCACCGGCACCUCGCUGAGCUCCUCUGGAGCAAGGAAGGCGCCGACGUCGUCAUCGAGCUAGACGGCGGCGACGGCGAGACGACGACGUUCCACGCGCACCGGUGGGUGCUCGCGGCGAGGUCACCCGUACUCAAGGCCAAGCUCUCCGCCUCGCCGUCGUCGCCGGCGACGCUGCGGCUCGCCGCCAUGGACGCCGACGCGUUCAGGGCGCUGCUCCACUUCAUCUACACCGACACGCUGCCCGACGACGACGACGAUGACGACGCCAUGGCGCGGCGGCUGCUCGCCGCGGCGGACGCGUACGGGAUGGAGAGGCUGAGGCUGAUCUGCGAGGACAGGCUGCGCCGCCGCGUCGCCAUGGGCAACGUCGCCGUGACGCUGGCGCUGGCGGAGCAGCACCAUUGCCGCGCGCUCAAGGAGGCUUGCGUCGAGUUCUUGUCUUCUCCGGGCAACCUCAAGGCGGCCAUGGCUACCGAUGGCUUCGAGCAUCUGAAGGCAACAUGUCCUUCAGUUUUGACUGAACUCGUCAUGAAACAAUUAGUUUAGCUAGAUUUUUAAUUAGUGGGUAUUAAGUCAAACUAGUUUCUGCAAAAUUGGUCAUUAGUGUUAGUGUCAAAGUAAUCUCACCGAGUCAUUGUGUUUAUUAUAGAAAAUGCAUGGCCGAGUUUUCUUUCUCAUAUGUAAUCUCUGUCAAUCCAAAUUAAAUUCUUUCCCA